AUGGCGAUUAUCGCAGUCGCAGGCGGAACUGGCAGUAUCGGCCAGACCAUCGUAGAGGCCCUCGUGGCGCAUGGCAAGCACACGGUUCUCAUCCUCACACGCAAGGUGAGUCAUCUGAUACGUUCAGUACGAUGGAAGCCACACCACCCAGUCAACAAGCUCACCUACUUAGCGGUAGACUACGGUGACGUUGGCACUACAGCAAAGUCUCUCGAGGCGGCAAAUAUCGACACGGUCAUCUGUGCAUUCGGCAUGGAAUCUGAGGCCAUCAGCGAGGCCCAGGUCAAUCUUAUCCGUGCCGCCGACAUGUCGGGGUCGACGAAGCGUUUCGUCGUGAGUGGGUACGAUAUGUUAUUCAAGGAGGAGCACAUCCCUUUGGUCCCUACCGCAAAGUGGGCGUUGGCGGCGACUCAUGCGGUCGAGGAAUCGAGUCUCGAACAUACGCGCGUGGUCAAUGGGUUAUUCCUGGAUUAUUAUGGUCUUCCGCACUGGAGAAGCUAUCUCAAGCCAUGGGUCAAUGCGGUCAACGUGGCAGGGAAAUGGGCUGUUCUUCCGGGGGAUGGGACCUCCAAGGUCAACUUCAUUACCACCCAAGACAUGGCACGGUUUGUCGCAAGACUCAUGGACUUAUCGGAGUGGCCGCCUGUGAGUUUCAUCGCUGGUCAGGCUGCAUCUUUCAAGGAGAUUCUUCAAUUGGCAGAAGAUGCGCGAGGUGAACGUUUUUCCGUCAACCAUGACAGCCUCGAAAACCUUCGAAACGGCCGAAUAUCCUUCCCCGAAUUCGAGGAGACUGGGCUCGAAGGUACUGGACGAUCAACGGAGUCUAUUUUUGCAUUAUUUCACUACAUCUCUGGCACUGGGGGAUAUGCUAUUACCAGCGAUGAUACUUUGGACACUCGGUUUCCUGACAUCCAGGUUACGACUGCGGCGGAAGUCAUCGAAUCUUCUUGGCGAAACCGGUGA